CGCUCAGCCCCUCACCUGCUGCCUCCGCCUCCUCCCGGUGCGGGGACCCCCUCGCCGAUCUCUGGCACCGCCUGGCUAUGCUGACUACGACCCUGCUGCCCUUUGGGCUGCCGGCUCCGGCCCUGCUGCCUUACCCCGGCUCCCCGCCCCUCGGACACUCCCCCAAGGCUCCGGCGGGGAAAUCCUUCACCAUCGACGCUCUCCUGGGCCGGUCAGAGCCCUCGCCGCCGCCGCCUCCUGGCGCCGGGCGCUGGGACCCCGGCUGGCCAGCGAGCGCCUGGCCGGGCGGUGCGCUCCAGCUGUGCGCCCAGGCGCACCCCCUGCUGCAGCCGCGGCCGCUCUACCCCGUCUGCUACCCGGCCCUGGCGGGCUGGCGGGCCCCGCUCAGAGCCCCAGGGUAUCUGCUCUCCAAAUGCUGCGCCCCAGGCUUCAGAGCCAAGUCGGGCAAAUCCAAGCGGGUCAGGACCAUCUUCACCAGCGAGCAGCUGGCCCGGCUGGAGAAGGAGUUCGCCCGGCAGCAGUACAUGGUGGGCACCGAGCGGUGUCUGCUGGCCUCCGCUCUGCACCUCACCGAGGAGCAGGUGAAAGUCUGGUUCCAGAACAGACGGAUCAAGUGGAGGAAGCAGAGCCUGGAACAGCAACAAGCCAAACUGGUGAAGAUGGGUCUGGCCACAGCCCAAACGAGCCAGGAUUCGCAGACCCACCAGGGAGAGGAAGGGGACAGGGACUUUACCAAGAAAUCUACCGAUGAUCAGGAAGGUUUGUCCUCCCCUCACUUGGAGUAAUCUACUGCACAUCUCUCUGGACAGACCCUCCUGUGCUGUGCUUCCGGUCCUCACCCCUGUACAUACUGUAUUAUACUGGCAACAUGCAUAUAUAAUAUAUACAGUGUAGGGAUUAUUUUUUGCAGUGCAAAAAUAGAUUAAUUUAUGCAAUUGUUUAAAAAAAUAAAACACAAUUACUCUGCUACUCUAGCCGGCUCAGGUUCUUACGCCAGGCCAGUCACUGGCCUCUGGGCACCUACAUGGCAAUUACGCAGUCACUGGCUCUGUAAUGUAAAGCAGUAGCACUCAGUAGGAUUCUCUUGAAUUUGUGUCAGGAUAAAAAUGUAUCCCAAAGUCAUCGCCCCCUUCUUUAUUUAUUUAACAACCCCUCCUCCCUCACCUCCUUUGUAAUAAACCUCUAAUUUAGCCUGGAACGCUGCCGCUCUUUGUUCAUGGGAACGCACUUGCAGGAUUUUUUUCAUCUUACUGGCAUGACUUCUCGUUGCCUCGCCGCUCUUUGUAUAAACAAACUUUUUGGUGCAACAGGGAGAUAAGAUAAAGGCACUUCCCCCCCACCCCACCCUGAUUUUUCACACCCCCGAGUGACCUAGUUCACCAGUGUAAAUUUACAAUGUAGACCUGACCUUGGUUUGUUCUAAUCUCUCUUUGUUUCCAGUGUUGUAGCCAUGUUGGUCUCAGGACAGGUGAGUGUCGAGGCUAUCCAGCCAAAUGACAGCCUGUCCAAGGAGUUUACAGUAGUCCAGAUAAUGAGGAGCAGAGAGGCAACGGGACUUGCCCAAGGUCACACAGCCAGGCAGUGGCAGUGGCUGGGAAUAGAACCCAGGCAUCCUGAGUCCCACUCGAGCACACUAAGAAAGAAAAAAAGCAAACAGCGCUGCUCCCUCUGUAGUCGUUACGCCACAAGGAUUUUUUGCUAACGCUGAAAGAGAGGAGAUAAUAUUAUGUCUUUCUUACACCGCUUGGCACAUGUGCAUUGCCCUUUAAAACAGGCUAGGAGCCCGCUCCUGCACAAA